AAUUAUAAUCAAAUCAAUCAGAGAAAAAAAAUAAAUUUAAAUAGGGUUUCGGUCCCUCUAUCUCCCUCCUUCUUCAAGUAGACAGAAGACAAAGUUCUGAAGGUUUCUAUGUCUCAAAGGAAACCUUGCAAGUAUUUUGCUCAAGGAGCAUGCUGGCGAGGGGAUCAUUGUAAGUUUGUGCACGAAAGGAAAGAGCCUCUAUCUCUGUCAAGAAAUGUUUGUACUUUUUAUCAAAAAGGAAAUUGCACUUAUGGAAGUCGGUGCAAAUAUGAACAUGUCAAAACUUCCUGGGUAGCUUCUGGUGGUGUUGCCGGGGCAUCAUCUUCAUCGAGUCCUCAUCAAUCUGUAAUCUUAAGUUCUGUUCCUGCAAGUGUUGGAUCAGGUAGGGAUGGCAAAAAAGAAGACCGUCCUCUCUGUUCGUUUGAUGUUGCUGGUGAUUGCCCCCAUGGAGAUAAAUGUUCUUUUGUUCAUGGUGAUUUAUGCCCUACUUGUGGAAAACAUUCCUUGCAUCCCUUCCAGGCAGAUGAGAGAGAGGAGCAUUUGAAGUCAUGUGAGAAGAACCAAAAGUUUCUUGUGGCAGUAAAACGAAGUGAAGAAAUUGAGUGCAGUGUAUGCUUGGAUCGUGUACUUUCAAAGCCCACAGCAGCUGAACGAAAGUUUGCAGUCCUACCCGAAUGUAAUCAUCCAUUCUGCAUAUCCUGUAUCAGAAAUUGGCGUAAUGGUUCCCCAGCCUCUGGGAUGGCAUUAAGAGCCUGCCCAAUAUGUCGUAAAACAUCACACUUUGUCAUCCCAAGUCUUAUUUGGUAUUCCUCUAAAGAAGAAAAGCAAGAAAUUAUUGAUACGUACAAGGCCAGGCUCAGGCAAAUAGAUUGCAAGCACUUCAACUUUGGGAAUGGGAACUGCCCAUUUGGCAUCAAUUGUUUUUACAAGCACACUGUCAUGCCGGGCUCAUAUACAUGGAAACAUCACAAGCCCCCUCCAAGGAGGCCACCACCUCGUCACAGAUCCAAUGCAGGGCAUGUGGAUUCAUCAUUUGAUUAUUUUGGGCCAACAAUGGAAGAUUUAUUAGACAUGUUUGAUGAUGAUUAUCUUGAUUAUGAUAAUUACUGCGAUCCCUUUCACGAAGAAGACAUCUUUGAUUAUGAGGAUUAUUUCGAUGAAGAACGACUUUUUCCUUUUGACAUGGCUUUAUUACUCGCAGGGAUGGAUUUUGGAGGAGCAAGUGACAUCUCUAGUGAUGAGGAUGAUUUCUAUUAAUUUAUAUAGCUUUUUAUCCUUCGUUGCAAACAGUUUGAAAAUGACAUCACAAGUCAUUUUGCUUUCUGGGAUUUAGUAUCUUUCUCCUCGUAAGCAUCUUUGAGAAGAUGAAGUUCUUGGUCUGUCAACUAUAUAAGGUUGUGUUGCAGGGGCUGUGUCAAGAACUGUAUGUUCUGAUUGCAUUGUAGUAGUACGGCUGCCAGGAUUUUGAUUGCCUCUAUAUGUUCGGGCAACAUAUUGGAUGAAGAUAGUAGGAAUUUGCAAUGUCAUCGGUUUUCUAUUUUUAUCUGUCAACACUGGUAUUAUAAUUUUAGGAGGCUCAAUUUUCAUGAAA